AUGCUUCAUACCUACAAUUACGCCGCCCUCGCGACGUUCCUCACAUGGGUCGUGUGGCGGUGGUAUACCAACCCUCUCCGCAAGUUUCCCGGCCCAUCCAUUACGGUCUGGACAGAUGCCUGGCGUUUCCUCGAUGCCGUGACCGGAGCCCAUCGCGCCACGACGCAGAUAGAGCUCCACAAGCAAUACGGCGACGUCGUCCGUCUCGGACCCACAAACCUGAGCUUCAGCCACCCGGAUGCAAUUCGAGACAUCUAUGGCGUCGACAAACCUUUCCCCAAAUCCGGCUACUACUGGGCGGCGGCUGCUGUGCAGAAAGGCGUACCGAGUCCCUCCCUGUUCUCUUCGCUCGAUGCGACCUGGCAUGACAACCUUCGGCGAGCCGUCAACCCUGCCUUCACCUUGAGCGCUCUGAGGCAAUACGAGCCUUUCGUCAACAACACUAUCGCGAGCUUGUUCAGCCAACUGAACACGCGCUUCGCAGAUAAACCUGGGAAAGACGGCAUUGUGGAUCUGGCGCGCUGGAUGCAUUGGUACGCCUUUGAUGUCGUCGGUGAAAUUACGUACGGCGCACCCAUCGGGUUUCUCGAAACUGCUUCGGACGUUGACGGUAUCAUCGCCAAGGCGCACUGGUACCUCUGCUACGCGCACUGCGUCGGUCAAUGGCCGUGGUUGGACGGCUGGCUACUCAAGAACCCGGUGUUACUGUGGUUCAACAGGCAAGGCUACUUCAACGCACGACCGAACCCCGUUGUAGCGUUCGCCGGCAAGCGGCAGGAAGGCCGUGCAAACGGUGACCGAGGCUCGCACGAUGAUGACCAGGUGGAUCUGAUCGAUAAGUUCCUCCAGGCGAAGGAGUCGCAUCCGGAGACCGUUUCCGAUCGUAUGGUGCUGGGUAUGGGCAUCAGCAUGGUUCUUGCUGGCUCGGAGUCAACGGGGGUGACGUUAACAGCGCUCCUCUACUAUGUUCUCAAGUCUCCUCCCAUUUACCAGAAACUGCAAGCCGAGAUCGACACCGCCUUCCCCGACCAUGAGCCCGGUACAGCCGUUUCCCUUGCCGAAGCGCAAAAGCUACCCUACCUCGACGCCUGCAUCAAAGAAGCCUUCCGCGCCCACCCCGCCGCUCGCUUCGGCGGCGAGCGAGUCGUUCCACCCACUGGCGCCGUCAUUGCCGGCCAUAAGAUACCUGGCGGGACAACCGUAGCCGUCAAUGCAUGGAACAUGCAUCGCCGCACAGACGUCUAUGGCGAAGACGUGGAAACGUACAGGCCUGAGCGGUGGCUAGAGCGCGACGAGGCGCAAGUGGCGGAGAUGAAUCGACUGUUGACACAGUUUGGACACGGAAGGUUCAGUUGUAUUGGCAAGAACAUUAGUUUGUUGGAGAUGUAUAAGGUUGUGCCGAGUUUGUUGAGGUCGUUCAGAUGGACUCUUGCAGAACCAGAGAGGCAGUGGAGGUUCGAAAGCGGAAGUUUUGCGAAUGUGAGUGGAGUUGGUGUGCGGGUGGAGAGAAGAUAG